AUGAAAAANUGUUAAAUAUUUGGACUUAUAUCAACUUCAAUCGAUGGUUCAGGUAAUAAUGAAAUUUUUCUUUUAAAACAUUGCAUCUCUUCAACAAUGAGUUAAAUUUUUGGUUUUGAACCUAAUUAAACUAUUACAUCUGGGAAUAUUUAUUUUUAAAGUUCUACUUGGUAUUUAAUUUAAACAAAAUUUAUUAGUUUUUCGUUUAGUUAAAUUACUAAAUAAUUUGGAUCCUCAGAAUAAAUUUCUGAUAAUGUUAUUUAAGUCAAAUUAAUAGUUUCAUAUUUUAAUGUUGUUGAGUUGUAUAUGGUUUUAUUUAAUUAAACAACAGGUAAUCUCAUUAGUUUUGUUUUGGAUUAGGGUUUUGAUAUAGACUUUAACGAAACUGUAGCAUCUUUUUAAGUAAGUUAAGGAUCAAAUGGCUUGUUAAUGAUAGAAAGUUUUUCAAAAAAGAACACAUUCCCUCCUCAAAUCUAUACAUAUGAAGCACAUAAAUUUGAAAUACAAUACGAAACAAAAAAAUUAAAUAGAAUGAUAGGAUUCGAAAUAAUAUAAGCUCAGUCUUCCGAAGUAUAUAGUGUAUUAUCUGGUAAUUAUUAUGCUAUUAGAAAUAAAACGAAUUCAUAAUUAUAUUAUGUUUAGAAUUAUCUUACUCUUUCUGUUGAUUUACUUGGUAUUGAAAAUACAUCAAUUGAAAUUACAAGCUAUAAUCCAUAAAAUUAAAUAAAUUAAUCAUUAUUUAUUUAGAAUCUAUAUUAUCGAAACAAUAGUAAUAAUAAUGAAACACCUAUAAAUAAUAAUACAAAUAUUCCUGAUAAUCCUAUUAUUCCUGAUAAUCCAAAUUCAACAGACUCAGAUGUUCAAGAUAAUUCACAUCAUAUAACAUUACUUAUACUCUACUGUUGCAUGAUUAUUUUGUUAUUUAUUGUUUUGUUAGCACCUAAAUGUUGUUACAAACUAAAAAAGGCAUAUAAGGCACCUUCUUUUAAUUUUGAACUAAUUGAGAAGUGA